CUCCAAUUUCUCCUUUUAUGGUCAUUCAUUGUCCACUCGUUGUAUAUUAUUAUUUCAGUCCAUUUGUUAACUUAAGUGGACGACCCAGCACAUCCUUCAACAGUUCAAGGUCGAGGGCCUGGUGUAGUUUAAGAGGUUAUUUAUUUUAUCUUUCGGCAAACUGGUUGGCACCUGAAUUUACAGUCACUCAUCACACACUGCACAAUGGACGAAGAAGAACUUUCUUUUAUACCCUACAGCACAUCUUACGUGUGGAAGCCCCCAAUAAAACUAUCUGAUUGCUCGUCUGAAUAUCUCCAAAAUUGUCCUGUUGACUACAGUCUUUUGGAAAACCCCUUUGCUUCCAAACCAGACGUGUAUAAUGCCGAACAGGAAGCAAAAUUAUGGCAAGGAUUGGGUAUAUUAACAACCAGUACUAGUGUGGUCGAUAGUGAGAAACCGCCGAGUGAGAAUCCUUAUUACCUAACAGCAGUACCUGGUCUCCACAGCAAGCGGGAAUUGAAACGAAUUCGUCGAGCUGAACGCAAAAGCAAACUGUCAAACUGGUUUGAUCUUCCGAGACCUGAUGUCACUGAAGAAGAUCGUGAUGAUUUAGAAUUAAUUAGAUUACGUCGCGCUAUUUCAUCAGAUACACACGUGAGAAGAUCGGAUGGGAAGUCUGCUUACUUCCAGAGAGGUGUAGUUGUAGAUGAUCCUGGAAGCUUCUACGAUAGACUGCCGCGAAAACAAAGAGGGAAAACACUUGUAGAUGAGCUGCUAGCUAAUGCUGAAAUUAUGAAGUCACACAAAGCUAUUUUUAAGUAAUCUUCAAAACUGAAUGAAUAUUUUGCUUCUUCAUGGUAUGUGAGGUGUCACUGAAAAAGUAUUAAAAUUCACCACUAAAAUUUUUCACUUUUGAUAGGCAGUAAACAUUAAUGUUAAACAGAAUUUAGCAAAACAGACACAUUGAGUACUUCUUUACCAUAACUUCAACAUAAAUAAUGAUGUAAUCAUUCAUAACAUAAUUACUUUUCCAGAAAUAGUCUGUCUUACUUAAAGUAAACUUUCAUUGGUUGUGGACAACUUAAAUGACGUGACUGUUUUACAUACACUAAAAUAUUUAGCUCGUGUCUCCAUACAUUAUCCUAUAAUGCGGAUCAUUAGUUAUGUUGGAAAAUAAAUUUGUUAUGGAUAAACAGCACAUCAUCUAUCUGAGUUGAAAACUACACUUUGUUUCUACUCACAACAUAUUUCACUACUCGUAACUACUACUUUGCUGUUGUUUAUUAUAAGAGUAUACGAUAUUAAGAUCCUAUUGCAACCUAGGAUGUAUUUGACAGAAAUACUCAGAAUUUUUGCUAAACGAUCUCUAUCAUCUCGAAUUAUUUAACAUCUCUUUAGAUGAACGAGCUAUGUGCAGACCUUCUUGUCAAAAUAAAUGACUACUUUCGGCAGAGAGAAUAUUAAUGAUGACACCAUAAACUGAGGUCUCUUAGGACAUUAUUUUAUUGCUUACCUCUUAACUGUCAAGCAGCUAUUACCUUGCUCAUUCAGAAUACCUUAAAAGCCAAGAUCUGUUGUAUGUAUAUUCUGUAAGUGUUAUUUAAAAACCUAUCGGUUUAUCUCAUGAACUUAUAAAAUUUUACGAAUACUUAGUGAAUGUAUGAUCUGAUAGCUUACUGUACAUAUGAGCAUCUGUUUCACCGGUUAUUAAUUUGAGUUCGUAGUCAUUCACCUCAACCACUUACGGGUAGAUAUAUCAUGAUGAGAAAUAUCCUGUGAUUAGAAAAUACUUAGCAUAAUGUAUAAAUGUUUCCAUGGGUUACUA